AAAUUACUUUUGGGUUUUUCAUUCAUCCGUCGACGACGAGUUGGUGAUUCUUCAUGUCCAAAAGAGGUAGAAAAGGUUCAACAGGAAGCAAAUUCCGUACUUCUGUAGGCUUACCUGUCGGGGCUCUCAUCAACUGUGCGGACAACACAGGAGCCAAGAACCUUUACAUAAUUUCUGUAAAGGGAGUCAAAUCACGUUUAAACCGACUUCCUGCAGCCUCUGUGGGCGAUAUGGUGUUGGCAACAGUUAAGAAGGGUAAGCCGGAGUUGAGAAAAAAAGUAACACCCGCUGUGGUGAUUCGUCAGAGAAGGCCCUGGAGAAGGAAGGAUGGAGUUAUCUUGUAUUUUGAAGAUAACGCGGGUGUAAUCGUGAAUCCCAAGGGUGAGAUGAAAGGCUCUGCUGUAGCAGGUCCAGUUGCCAAAGAGUGUGCAGACAUGUGGCCCCGUAUUGCUUCCGCAGCAAGUGCUAUUUGUUGAAAAGUCAAGAAAUAAAUACCCGUCAACAAAAACUCUUUUGAAGAAUAAGCCCUUUCAAUGACGCAAAGAAAAGGCGCCAAAUGGGUUGCAUUUUUUUUCUGGAAACUUUCAAAAUGACUAUUCAAAUACUCGAUCAUUUCUUUUUC